AUGGCAAUGAGCGACGGUAAUGCAGCCGCUGGGAGCAGCGGCAGUAGCAGUUUCGACGACUUCAUUUCCCAGUUCAAUGCUGGGGUCCAAAUACAGCAGCAACUGCAAUACCUCCGAUCGAAUCCCACCAGCACUAGCCAGUUGCACAAUCCUCAGCAACCGGCAACUUUCCAAUAUUACGGCUUCACCUCCAAUCUGACCCCAACUGCAGCUGAGUUUAUUCCACGCAAAUACCAAACGGAGACGAAUAAUGGUUUCCCGCAAGCGACGGUUUCGAUGGCAACCAGCACCACAUCAGCACCUGCUGCUGAGGUGGAUGAUGAUGAUGCAGAUGAUAGGGAAAAUGUUCGUGGCGGGCCAUCUAAUCAUUACGGUGCGGGAAGAUCUUCCGCAAGCCGUCCGCGUAGAAACGAAAGCCUUAAACCACGGAACGGUUGGCAUACGAGAGAUGACCGUCCGGUGGGCCGUCAGGGAAAAUGGAAAUCUAACCAAUCUACUGCCGGAAGUGGACGACUGCGAGCCCACGAGGAUGAUUAUACGAGCGAAGGUCUUCCACGCAAUGGCGAAAACUCUUCGCGGCGUGCCGGUGCAAGACAGUGGGGAGGAAAUCGCACGAUACAGUCCGAACCCGACGAAAAGCGCUCGAACGGUGCUGCGUCCAAAGCGGAACCGAAACCACCGGAAUCACCAAUAAUAAAGCCACUGUCAAAGUGUUCCCAGCGCGAGAAACUUAUGCGAGAGAUCGAAUGCUACCGGUUGGAGUGUUUGGUGUGCUGUGAAAUUGUGAAACCCAUGCAAUCGAUAUGGUCCUGUGGGAAUUGCUACCACAUCCUGCAUCUGGCGUGCGUUACCAAGUGGGCGACGAGUUCACAGUCGGAGGAUGGGUCGGGUUGGCGCUGUCCGGCCUGCCAGCACGUCACGAAGAAGGUCCCGAGGGAGUAUUUUUGUUUCUGUGGCAAACAGAAAAACCCUACGUACAAUCGGGAAGAUUUGGCCCACUCUUGUGGGGAGGUUUGCAAACGCCGUGAGCUUUGUGAGCACGCGUGCACACUGUUGUGCCAUCCCGGACCGUGUCCACCGUGUCAGGCGUCGGUACAGCGUAUGUGCGGCUGUGGACGGUUAGUAAAACUGGUCCAGUGUUGCCAGAAGGAGGAACUGGUGUGUGAUGCCGUCUGCGAUAAACCGUUGAACUGUGAACUUCAUCGGUGUGUGAGGCGUUGUCACGCAGCAGAAUGCGAAAUGUGUGCGGAACAGGUGCUACACAACUGUCACUGUGGAAAAAGUGAGCGGAUGGUUGUGUGCAGUGUGGACAAUUUGAAAUGCACCCGGUAUGGGUGCGGGAAAACGUGUGGGCUUCCGUUGAGCUGUGGGAAUCAUCAGUGCCAGCGGUUGUGUCACGAGGGUGAGUGUGAUCCGUGUGCGGAUGCACCCGAACGCGUACUCAGCUGCCCGUGUGGACGGGAAGCGAUCGAACCUGGCCGUCGCACAUCGUGCCUCGAUCCGAUACCGACCUGUGUGGGUUAUUGUGGCCGAAGGCUGUCGUGUGGUCCACCCGGUGCAAAUCAUUGCUGCGAAGCGCAUUGCCACCCGGGAGAUUGUCCACCGUGCAAAAAGUCCACCACCGUAAAGUGCCGCUGCGGUAGUAUGGAUCAACCGAUGAAGUGCAAAGACCUGACGACACGUGCCGAUGAUGCACGGUGCAAAAAGCGAUGCGUACGAAGACGCAGCUGCGCCAAACACAAAUGCAACCAGGUGUGUUGUAUCGAUUUCGAUCACAUCUGUCCGAAAACCUGCUCGCUUCCGCUGUCCUGUGGGCGACAUCGCUGUGAUAAACCGUGCCACAAAGGCAACUGUCGGCCCUGUCAUCGCGUUUCGUUCGACGAGCUGACCUGUGACUGCGGCGCUAAUGUUAUCUAUCCUCCCGUACCGUGCGGAACGAAGAAACCGGCAUGUGAACGACCGUGCAAUCGGAGACAUGCGUGCGACCAUCCGACGCUCCAUAAUUGUCAUGCCGAACCAGAAUGUCCACCGUGUGUGGUAUUGACAACGAAAUCCUGCUACGGCAAACACGAACAGCGUAAAACCAUCCCGUGUUAUCAGGAAUCGUUCAGUUGUGGUAUGCCUUGCGGGAAACCACUCGCCUGCGGGCGACACAAAUGUAUCCGAGCAUGUCAUGAAGAGGAGUGCUCGCAGGAGGGAGCUGUUUGUAAACAGAGUUGUACAAAACCGCGGGAAGCGUGUGUUCACCCUUGUAAUGCACCCUGCCACGAGGACGAAUGUCCCGAUGUUCCGUGUAAGAUUAUGGUCGAAGUAACCUGCGAAUGUGGCAAUCGGAAGCAGCAACGCACAUGUCACGAUUUCGCCAAAGAGUACCGUCGCAUAGCAACCACACAGCUUGCCUCGUCCGUACAGGAAAUGCAACGUGGUGGUUCGGAUGACCUGAGCGACAUUUUAGGGUCGAUUCGACCGAAAAACAAUAAAACCCUGGAGUGUAAUGAAGAAUGUCGGCUGCUUGAGCGUAACCGUCGCAUUGCGAUCGCGCUACAGACCCGCAAUCCCGAUCUACCGUCGAAGCUGCAACCGAAUUACUCCGAAACGUUGCGUGCGUACGCGAAGAAGGACCCCGCCCUGGUGCAGAUGAUACACGAAAAGCUAACCGAGCUGGUAAAAUUGGCCAAGGAAAGCAAACAAAAGUCACGCUCGUACUCGUUCCCAGUGAUGAACCGUGAGAAGCGGAGCGUGGUGCACGAGAUGUGCCACAUGUUUGGCGUCGAAGCGGUUGCAUACGAUGCGGAACCGAAUCGAAACAUCGUUGCAACGGCCGAUCGCUUUACGUCGUGGUUACCGAGCAUGAGUCUAAUGGAGGUGCUACAACGAGAGAAUGGACAGCGCCGUAUCAUCGUACCGAGCCUGAAUGCGUGGGGCCGAACGAAUUACGCUGGGGCGGCAAGUUCAAGCAGCAAAUGA